CAUUAUGUUCAUCUGUUCAUAACUGUUACACUGCUCCAUUCAUACACUGCUGAAGCAGGUGGUCUUUUCGGAUGGUGCGUGGUCUCCACAAGCGGACCUGUGGAACAUUAGCAUCGGAUGCAACUGAAGCCCACUGAACUGAUUACCGUCCAUUCAAGUCAGGAAAUGGAGGACAAUCAAUAAAUGUACAUGUACAUUAACUUCUCAUCGGACCAACCAGGAAUGACCUGUCUUUUACCAUUGUAAACGCUUCUUCUUGACAGCUUCUUCUACACAGCCAUAAUUCAGAAUUUUCUCAACUGUUCUUUUGGGUGGGUUUUGUCCUGGCCACAUCCAAAAUGUCUGAGGCUGACUUCCAGAGAAUUGAGCGGUUUUACCAGAUCCUGAACAAGGACCCGUCCUGCAACCAUUCCCACCUGACCUUCCAUAACACCAGCAUGGUAUACGAUCUGGACUUCCCUGGCGAUGGCUCCCACUGGCUGCGCGCCAUCAUCUCCGUGGUGUACUGUGCAGUGGCCACCGGCGGACUGCUGGGCAAUCUCCUCGUGCUGUACCUUCUCUGCUCCACCCGGACCAUCGUCAAGAGUGCCAUCAACUUCUUUGUGUUCAACCUGGCCCUGGCUGACUUGCUACUCUCCCUGGCUCUGCCGUUCUGGGCAGUAGACAUCACCCUGGACUACAACUGGCCUUUUGGUUUGGCCAUGUGCAAGGCCGUGUCCCUCCUGACGGGCCUCAACGUCUACGCCAGUUGCUUCUUCCUGAUGGCCAUGAGCUUGACCCGCUACUGUUCAGUGGCUACUGCACUCAAGCCCGCUGCACCACUCGGUCACAAGCUUUGUGAUUCCCGGGUAACUACCGCACUUAUAUGGGCCGGGGCACUGGUGGCUGCUGCACCGCGUGCCGUGUUCGCCGAUCUCAACAGAGUAGGCAUGGCCAAUGACACUGCAUGUCUGCUCCGCUUCCCUAAAGGUACAAAUUGGCUGGCUGUCAACCAACUCCUGAGGCUUCUGUUUGGCUUCCUGUUGCCCUACUUCAUCAUGAUCCUCUCCUACCUGCUCCUGCUGCGCUUCCUCUGCCGGCACAAGCUGAACGGUGUCAACCCACGGCGACAGGCUCAUGUCUCCAAGUCCGUGGCAGUUGUGGUGCUCUCCUUCUGCACCUGCUGGUUCCCGUAUAACGUGCUAACUCUCUGGAGCGCGCUGAUCCAACUGGAUCUAACAGAAAUCAGUCCCUCCUACUACUUUGUCCAGACCUACCUCUUCCCCUUGGCCAACUGUCUGGCCUUCACCAGUAGCUGCCUCAACCCUGUCAUCUACUGCCUCAUUCGCAGGGAGUACCGCAAGGCCCUGCGCAACCUGGUCUUGAAGUCAAGUCUAGCAAUCGCUUCCAAAGCCUGCCUCUCGGCAGUCAACUCCAAUGAGGGCCAGAACCGCGAUGGGCAGCUGGGCAUCCCGCUCAACAAUAUGGAAAGCCACACGGCCCAGUCUUACACCAAGAGGUCAGCACUGCCCUCUACCACUCUAUCGCUGGGUCCCAGUCCCAAGGGCCUCUGUCCGCUCAAUGUCCUCACCUGAGGAGGAUAUAGAUAACCUCAGAUAUAGAUUAAUUAAAGCUUCAAUUCAAUUUUGUUGGGGUUGACAAAUUUCGCAUGGGUAUGACAAACCUUUUUUUCCUUUACCAAAAACACCAAGUUGUAUCUAUAUUAUGAGACAAAUGCCUUGUUGCCUUUUGCAUGAACACGACAAGGGUGUGAAUUUUUGUGAACAUCAUCAGGACAUUCCUUCUUAUUGGCAUUAAAAUUAUGCAUUGUGUUUUUUUCUGUAGUUUGUGGGAUAAUUUCUUAAAUUAAACGUAAUUAUUGCAAGGUAAAGCAAAUCAAAUUUCAAAUCAAAUUAGGAAACAAGUUAAUUAAAAACAUGUUAUUGCAUCUUAUUUUGAGAUUUAAUUAUUGAGACAAAUUCUUCAGGUAUUCUUCAGCCCCAAAAAACUGAAACUACACUAUAUACACUGCUCAAAGAAAUAAAGGGAACACUAAAAUAACACAUCCUAGAUCUGAAUGAAUGAAAUAUUCUUAUUAAAUACUUUUUUAUUUACAUAGUUGAAUGUGCUGACAACAAAAUCACACAAAAAUGAUCAAUGGAAAUCAAAUGUAUCAACCCAUGGAGGUCUGGAUUUGGAGUCACACUCAAAAUUAAAGUGGAAAAGCACACUACAGGCUGAUCCAACUUUGAUGUAAUGUCCUUAAAACAAGUCAAAAUGAGGCUCAAUAGUGUGUGUGGCCUCCACAUGCCUGUAUGACCUCCCUACAACGCCUGGGCAUGCUCCUGAUGAGGUGGCGGAUGGUCUCCUGAGGGAUCUCCUCCCAGACCUGGACUAAAGCAUCUGCCAACUCCUGGACAGUCUGUGGUGCAACUUGGCGUUGGUGGAUGGAGCGAGACAUGAUGUCCCAGAUGUGCUCAAUUGGAUUCAGGUCUGGGGAACGGGCGGGCCAGUCCAUAGCAUCAAUGCUUUCCUCUUGCAGGAACUGCUGACACACUCCAGACACAUGAGGUCUAGCAUUGUCUUGCAUUAAGAGGAAUCCAGGGCCAACCGCACCAGCAUAUGGUCUCACAAGGGGUCUGAGGAUCUCAUCUCGGUACCUAAUGGCAGUCAGGCUACCUCUGGCGAGCACAUGGAGGGCUGUGCGGCCUCCCAAAGAAAUGCCACCCCACACCAUGACUGACCCACCGCCAAACCGGUCAUGCUGGAGGAUGUUGCAGGCAGCAGAACGUUCUCCACGGCGUCUCCAGACUCUGUCACGUCUGUCACGUGCUAAGUGUGAACCUGCUUUCAUCUGUGAAGAGCACAGGGCGCCAGUGGCGAAUUUGCCAAUCUUGGUGUUCUCUGGCAAAUGCCAAACGUCCUGCUGUUGGGCUGUAAGCACAACCCCCACCUGUGGACGUCGGGCCCUCAUACCACCCUCAUGGAGUCUGUUUCUGACCGUUUGAGCAGACACAUGCAUAUUUGUGGCCUGCUGGAGGUCAUUUUGCAGGGCUCUGGCAGUGCUCCUCCUGCUCCUCUUUGCACAAAGGCGGAGGUAGCGGUCCUGCUGCUGGGUUGUUGCCCUCCUACGGCCUCCUCCACGUCUCCUGAUGUACUAGCCUGUCUCCUGGUAGCGCCUCCAUGCUCUGGACACUACGCUGACAGACACAGCAAACCUUCUUGCCACAGCUCGCAUUGAUGUGCCAUCCUGGAUGAGCUGCACUACCUGAGCCACUUGUGUGGGUUGUAGACUCCGUCUCAUGCUACCACUAGAGUGAGAGCACCGCCAGCAUUCAAAAGUGACCAAAACAUCAGUCAGGAAGCAUAGGAACUGAGAAGUGGUCUGUGGUCACCACCUGCAGAACCACUCCUUUAUUGGGGGUGUCUUGCUAAUUGCCUAUAAUUUCCACCUUUUGUCUAUUCCAUUUGCACAACAGCAUGUGCAAUUUAUUGUCAAUCAGUGUUGCUUCCUAAGCGGACAGUUUGAUUUCACAGAAGUGUGAUUGACUUGGAGUUACAUUGUGUUGUUUAAGUGUUCCCUUUCUUUUUUUGAGCAGGGGAUGAAUGGGAUGAAUUGGAACACUGACUACGAGCCAGGCCUAAUCGCCCAACAUCAGUGCUCGACCUCACUAAUACUCUUGUGACUGAAUGGAAGCAAUUCCCCUCAGCAAUGUUCUAACAUCUAGUGGAAAGCCUUCCUAGAAGAGUGGAGGCUGUCAUAGCAGCAAAGUGGGCACCAACUUCAUAUUAAUGCCCAUGAUUUUGGAAUGAGAUAUUCGAUGAGCAGGUGUACUCAUACAAUGUUUUUGAUGAUCUUUAUUGCAAAUGACCCAUGUCUCUCAGCCCAAGAGGUGCAAGCUCUUUGUCCUGUUAGAGGAGCAUGGUCAGGUACUCAAAGGGUUGGCAGUUAAAACCAUGUGUGGGCCACUUCCUUUAAUGCUGUAUAUUGAUAUUGUUGGGGUACCGUUUUGUGUUGCAUUUUUAAGACUUCUUUGCUAGAUCUAUAUGACUGGUAUUUUGAGUCAACAGUUGAUUGCUCCUUAGGAAUUAGCAAAGACUUUGAUUUCUGGUUAAAAAGAUGGGAAAAGGGUCAUAGACUACAUUUACAAGAAAAAGUGGGACAACAAACACAAUAAUGUUGAAGUAAAAACCCCUGCCAACUAAUAUUAACACUUAUAUUUGGUUUUGGAUAAAUUAUUUACCUUCUGUAAGUUUAAGAAACAUUGCCUUGUGCCUUGUAAUUCCUUUACCAAAAUCCCACAUCUCUUUAAGAUAUUUUCUAAUUUCUCUCCCUCAUGAGGAGGGAGGAUAAUGAAUGUUCACAGUGGUAACAAGUAAAGGUAGACCUACCAAUUUGUUAUACUGUUUUUACUGAUAUCAAGUUUGUUUAUGAAUUAUUAAGUGAUUCAAAAUCAUAAUUCAGGCACCAAAUCAGUAACAGAAUUACAGGAAAACCAGUAAUGGAAUUACUGCAAUUGAAUUGCCUACAAUGGGAAAUCAUAGUACUCACAAACCACAGUUGGGUCACCUGCUACUGUCCACCCUUCCACUGGCAUAAUUUUAUUUUCAGCUCAUAACUGUUUUUUCUCUCUUUCUGUUGUCUGGUGGUCAAUGCAAGACUGUGAAAACAGUCUGGGCAACCCCUCCCUCUAACUCUAACUCUCCCUCUAACUCUCCCUCUCUAUCUCUCAUCCACUCUCUCGUUCUCUUCUAUCUCUUUCUCCACUUAAUGUCACCUCUCUCUGUCACGCCCUGAUCUGUUUCACCUGUUCCUGUGAUUGUCUCCACCCCCUCCAGGUGUCGCUUAUUUUCCUCUGUGUAUUUAUCCCUGUGUUUCCUGUCUCUCUGUGCCAGUUCGUCUAUGUUUAGUCAAGUCAAGCAGUGUGUCUUUCCCAUACUCCUUUUCUAUUCUCUUUUUAUAGUCCCCCCGGUUCUGACCCCUGCUUGACUCUCGACUACUUUCCUGCCUGCCUGUUCAUCCUGCCUGCCCUGACCUUGAUUCUGCCUGCCCUUCGGUACCUAUUGGACUCUGAUCUGGUUUUGACCUUUUUGCCUGUCCACGACCAUUCUCUUGCCUACCCCUUUGGAUUAAUAAACAUUGUAAGACUCCAACCAUCUGCCUCCUGUGUCUGCAUCUGGGUCUUGCCUUGAUACUCUCGGCACUUAUUGACACCUGCCAUGACACCUACCACCUACCCUCUUUCCACUUACUGUAAAAAGCAUCCUCACCCACUGAGCACCGACCGACACCGGAUGUCCAUGGACGUUGAAAGCGAGUUGAAAUUUGAUCAGUCCGCCCUGGCCGGACCAAAUCUUAACAAAUCAUAGGCAUCAAUGUUUCACAAGUUUGGACAUCACAGUGCAGUACAGUAGAGCAUAGUAGAGCCCAGUAGAGUAAAGAAAAUUAGAGUAGAAUAGAGUAGAGUUUACUGCAGUACAGUACAGUACAGUAGAGCACACCAGAGUAGAGUACAGUAUAAUGUACUGUAUUGUACUGUACUCUACUGUGCUGUACUGUGAUGUCCUAAUUUGUUAAACAUAGACUUCUUUGAAUAUUUCGGAUUUGGUCUGGUGCGGACAAACCAAAUGUGGUCUUGUUUGGGGGCGGAGCUCUUUACAAUAAUAGCCAGUGUGUAGAACAAUACCCAAAUAUGCAAAAUAAGAAUAUGCAUAUUUCUACCUUUGUGUACCUAUUCAGGAUACAUCAUCAUGAAGAGAAUGAUAUUCAUCUCCAUAAUUAUGCAUUUAUAUACUGAACAAAAAUAUAAAUGCAACAUGUGGAGUGUUGGUCCCAUGUUUCAUGAGUUGAAAUAAGAGCUAGAUUAGGGCCUAAUUUAUUUAUUUCAAUUGACUGAUUUCCUUCUAUAAACUGUAAGUCAGUAAAAUAUUUGAAAUUGUUGCAUGUUGCGUUUAUAUUUAUGUUCAGUAUAGUACAGAUCAGGGACACAGGAUGUAAUUCCAUUACCGUAAUUGUGUUACCAAAUGUAAAUCCACUUCACUUACUGUAGUUAAAUAACCGAAAUAUAUAGAUUUUUAACUCAAAGUGUCAUGCCAUAACUGACACCGCAUUCUUUCUGCAGACAUCUUUGAAUCUUAAUUUGGUGCAGAUAUUUAACAAAGUUUUUGGAAAACGUGGUCGCAUAAGUAAAUGUAAAUGUGUUUUUGUGAAAUGUUCUUUGUAAAUUGUUCAAAGGAGACCUUCUGCAUAGAGUUUUAAGGUUUGUUAAACUUUAAAAUCAAUGGUUUUUGUUUGGCAUAUAUUUUAAAGCAUAAGUCCAUUACCGUUGCAUUGCCCUCUAGCAUUAUUUCUAAUCAUACUAAUGUGUAUGUCCUCAUCAUGGACAAGUGUAUUAAAAUGAUCCUGUAUCUGGUGGUCUCCAAAAGAGGUGAAAAUAAAUAAAAGGGACAAACAUUGUUGGCAAGAAACUGUUUUUAGUGACAUAUUUCAAAUAUACUCAAAGAUGAUUGAGAUAUAACUUACAAAUAAAACUGUUGGGAACCAGUUGUACAACAGAAUGUACUCAAUGAACCACUUCAGAUGAGCUGAAUUAACCAGUGGCAUGUCUCCAAGUUACAGAUGCAAGAUACAAUUAUGUUGUACAAAUGCCUGUGUUGUCUGUUUGCUAUUCCUAAUAGAAGAAAUAUAACUUAUGUUUUGGUUGUGAACGCUAUGCAACCCAUCAGGUGCAGACGUCAAUUCAACGUCUAUUCCACGUUGGUUCAAUGUAAUUUCAUUGAAAUUACGUGGAAACAACAUUGAUUCAACCAGUGUGUGACCAGUGAGCUUCAAAUGAUUGUUUUGCUUUUGCAAGUUUAACGUCAUUGUAUUGGGAUAUCUUCUCACAUUUCAAGUAGUUGUUGAUAAUUAUACAAUGGGUGGGUCUUAUCCUGAAUGCUGAUUGGUUAAAACUGCAUUCCAGCUGGUGUCUCUUCCACAAGUUGAUGCUAAAUCUAUGACGAUAAAAUGCCUAUUUACUAUUUUCCAUCUGACUGCGCAAUCCACUGUCUCAUCAGCCCAGCCAGGCAAUGUAUACACUUUAUCUCCACUAUAAAAAGCAUUUAGACAUUAUCUCACAUUUCUUUUAAACUAACAUUUAGUUUUAAACUAAAUUGUAAUAACCUUGUCUGUUCCGACAUUUGUAAAAUUGUUUCAAUAUUCAAUAUAUCCAGCUGUCCCAUAGUAAUGGAUGUGUCAGGAGUCGGGAUGAGACAGACAGACAGGCAACUUUUCUCAGCCAGUUGAAAUCAUGACUCAGCAUAAUUUUUAUGGAUAUAUAUACAAAGAACUAUCAAUAGAAAACAGGUAAAAUUAACUGUAGCUAUUUUGCAGUCUUUCCAGCUUCAGUUUGAAAUGAUUAUGUUAGCUGUGUUGUUGGCUAGCUCUCGAAAAACAGUUUCUUGAUGAGAGAGCACAUAUUUUAUGCCAGGUGGAAUUGCGCAUGAUUAGUUAAUUGUUAUGGACGUACCAAAUAAAUGUCACGAGAAAACAGCUUAAACAAAUGCAAAUACAGCUACUCUGUUGUUAUUCUGGCUGCACUGUUGGACGUGACUGUAAAUUAGCUGUAGUUUGCUAGCUAGCAAGCAAGGGAUAAGAACGUUGCCAGCCAGUAUGGCAAUGGUAUAUUUAGAACGAACGACUGGGUCACGUCCGUAGAUACAGAACAAAAAGACUGAACGACUGGGUCGCAUUUCUGGCAACCGAACCCAUAGAACAGACGACCAGCCAGCUUGGCUAGCAGCCCUAUAUUUGUGUCGGGACUACAUCUUGUGGAAGGAUGAAAUAGUAUCAAUAAAUUCAUCAAAUAUGUCAAUCAUUAUUUGAAUUUGUUGGUAUCCUGUUGAAUAAAAGCAAUAAUGCCCUCGAAGUCGAUGUUUGGAGGAUAUAUUGGCACGGUUUGCCGGACCUCGACGAACAAUACCCAGGCGAAUAUAUCCUCCAAAUUCCGGCUUCUCGAGCAUUAUAACUUAAAUAAAGCCGAAUUUGAUGAUUGUUGUCAGUUUUUGUGUGAAACGCUAUUGUUACAUCUGAUAAAGAUUGUUACAUUUUGCAUAUUUGUUCAUUGAAAGUACUGUAUGUGCUUUCUCAAGGUAGUCUUUCAUCUGUAAAGUUUUUUUCUGUCAAUAAACAUGAUAUUCUA